AUGACUCCAAAGAAACCUCUGCUAUUGGAUGGCCGAACGGGAGAAGGCGGCGGCCAGAUUUUGGGUACAGGCUUGAAGGCACAGCACGUAGCGGCCAUCCUAUGGCUUGCGGAAGCUACGGGAGCUGAAGUCGAUGGGUUGGAGGUUGGCAGCCGAUUUCUAGAGUUUAGGCCAUUGCAACCUCCCACCACUCUUCAGGGGCGCAAAUUCGAGAUCGUCGCCGGAAGCAGUGCCUCAAGUACUCUGCUUAUCUUUCAGGCAAUCUUCCCUUUCCUCUUAUUUGCAGGGAAUAACGCCGGGGAGCCUAUCGAGCUCGAGAUUCACGGUGGGACAAAUGUGUCCUUUUCACUGUCAUAUGAGUAUUUUGAUCAAGUCUUGUUGCCUACUUUGAAGGAUCGUUUUGGUAUCACUAUUGAGAGACAGUUAAAGAAGCGAUCCUGGGCAACAGGCCCUCUCAAAAGGGGGAGCAUUUGGCUAAGGCUCCAGCCUCUUCCCCCUGGAAGAACCUUGAAAGUUCAAGAGCCGUGGGACAAGCCAAUCACUACCGAAGACUUCAAGCUCAAGCAGAUUGACGUGAGCAUGCUCGUGCCACAUGUUCUCCAAGAGCCACUCGAGAAGGCCCUUGCAAGUGAUCUUGGCGAACUAUUCCCUGAUGUGGAUAUCAAUUUUCUGUUGUUGGAAGACAGCGGGCAUGAUGCUCGUAUGUACACUUUGCUAGUAGCUCACUCUUAUACUGGUCUCCGUUGGGGCCGUGAUUAUCUACAUGAUAAAUCUCGGAAGAAUAAGACGCCGGAAGCUCUGAGCAUAGAAAUAUCGCAGAAAGUCUGUCAUGAUCUUUUCGAAGAGAUUGCGAUCCGCGGAACCGUUGACGAGUACCUACAAGAUCAGUUAGUCGUUACGUGGGACAAGUACUCUAUGAUAAUUCGAGGAGAGCGGAUGUUCAUAUUUUCAGGAGAGUUUCACCCCUGGCGCCUGCCGAGCCCAGGUUUGUGGUUAGACGUCUUUCAGAAAAUUAAAGCCCUCGGUUUCAACGCGGUAUCGUUUUAUACCUACUGGGGUCUUGUAGAAGGCACACAGGGACGGGUACGCUUCGAUGGGAUAUUUGCCCUCGAUGAAUUCUUCAAAGCUGCCGCAGAAGCAGGCAUAUAUCUGAUCGCUCGACCUGGUCCGUAUAUUAACGCCGAAACAGCCUUUGGAGGCUUCCCGGGUUGGACGGCGCGGAUCAAGGCCCCUCUUCGGGGAAGUGACCCAGAAUUCGUUAACUCAACUGAACUCUACACUGCUGCUGUUGGUAAGUUAAUUGCCGAUGCUCAAAUUAUAAAUGGCGGUCCGGUUGUGAUGUUGCAACCCGAGAACGAAUACGAUACAUGGCCAGAUGUGAACAAUACCGAUUUCCCAGCUCAGACAAACAGCGACUACAUGGAACAUGUCAAGCAGCAAUUCAAGAAAGCCGGAAACAUAGUCCCGCAAAUGGUCAACGACCAUCUUUAUCAAGGGAAUUGGGCGCCAGGUAGUGGAAUGGGCGAAACAGACCUGUACGGUAUAGAUGCAUAUCCUCUUCGAUAUGACUGCGCAAAUCCUGACACAUGGCCUAAGAUUCGGUGGCCGGAGAACUGGCAGACUAUGCACCAAAAAUAUAGCCCUAAUACUCCAUUCUUCGUAGCUGAAUUUCAAGGGGGUUCUGGAACUGGCUUUGGGGGUGUUAAUGCAGAUGCAUGCAACGCGCUCGUCAACCAGGAAGCAGUCCGUGUCUUGUGGAAGAAUAACUACAGCUUUGCUAUCAAGAUCUUUAAUGUAUACAUGACGUAUGGAGGAACGAACUGGGGUAACUUGGGGUAUAGAGGCGGUGAUAGCUCGUAUGACUAUGGUGCGGCCAUUAAGGAGAAUCGGCACAUAUGGCGGGAGAAAUAUUCAGAGGAGAAGCUGGAAGCGAAUUUCUUCAAAGUGUCCCCUGCAUACUUGACUGCGGUACCAGGAAAUGCAUCAAACGGAUCCUACGUCUCGACCGAUGAGAUCGCCACUACAACAUUAUUCGGAACUGGCUCCGCCACGAACUUUUACAUCAUUCGACAUGCUGAUUGGACGUCUACAAAUACGACAACUUAUAAACUCAUCGUGCCGACAAGCGCUGGCAACAUGUCGAUACCCCAACUUGGCGGGGAGCUAGUGUUGACCAGAAGGGAUUCAAAGAUCCAUUUGACCGACUACGACGUCGGUGGAAUAAACUUAAUUUACUGCACCGCGGAGAUAUUCACAUGGGCCCAGGACGGGCUGGGCAAGAGAACACUGAUCCUUUAUGGCGGAGUUGGGGAGACCCAUGAAUUCGCUAUUGGUCUAACAAACUUGGCUACAAUAUCUGCUCAGGCGAGCUCCAACGAUACCACCCUGAAGAUCAAAUUGUUAGACUCGAAUACGCUAGUGAUUCAAUGGGAGGUUUCUGUAGAGAGAAAGAUCCUCAGACUUGGGGACGAACUGGAGGUUCUCUUGCUAUGGCGCAACGACGCGUACAACUAUUGGGUCACGGAAUUACCAGCAGAAGCUCCAAUCGCGAAUUAUUCUUCUCCGUCUAAGUCCGUCGUCGUCGUAAAGGGUCCCUAUCUAAUCCGUACGGCAGUCCUCGACGGGGAAGUACUUCGUCUUACCGGAGAUAUUAACAGCACUACCGACAUCGAAUUAAUCCACGAGCCUUCUGGUAAAGUUAAAGUGCUGUUGUUUAACAACAAAGACCUCAGCGCAAAGCACAAUGGAGACAGAAAACUUGCCGCACAGUUAGGCUUCCAAGCUCCCAAUGUUACUCUACCUGACUUUGCUUCCUUGGAGUGGAAAUAUAUCGAUUCCCUUCCCGAGACCCAGGCUUCCUACGAAGAUUCGAAAUGGGUCAAAUGCGAUAACCCGUCGACUAAUAACCCACAGCCCCUACUUACCCCGACCUCCCUUUAUGCGAGCGACUAUGGCUUUCAUAGCGGUUCACUUAUAUACCGUGGGCAUUUCACGGCCAACGGAGAUGAGUCCGGUUUAUUCCUCAACCUAACAGGCGGCAGCGCCUUCGGCUAUUCACUCUGGCUUAAUGACGAGUUUGUUACGUCCUGGGAUGGAGCAAGCGGUGGAUCCACACAUAACGACACCAUCUCACUGACAUCCCACUCUCUCUCGGCCGGCAAGUCCUACGUCUUCACGGUAUUGGUCGACCACAUGGGACAGGAUGAAGAAGCGCCUGGAACGGACGCUAUUAAGGCACCGAUGGGAAUUAUCAACUUCGACUUGGACGGACACGAGAAGUCGGAUGUGACGUGGAAGAUAACAGGAAACCUCGGCGGCGAAUCGUACUAUGACCUGGCGCGGGGCCCUCGCAACGAAGGCGGCAUGUUCGCCGAAAGACAAGGAUACCAUCAACCAGGGCCGCCGAGCGAGAAUUGGCAAUCCUCGAACCCCGUCACAGAAGGCAUACGUUCGGCAGGUGUCGGGUUCUUCACGACAACAUUUUCUCUCGAUAUGCCCGCAGGUUACGACGUGCCGCUAAGUUUCGUGUUCGCUAACUCUUCCGCUACCGCCGGUCGCCAUCGAUGCCAGCUCUUCGUCAACGGCUGGCAGUUCGGAAAGUACGUGGCUAACCUGGGGCCCCAGACAGUGUUCCCAGUGCCGGAAGGUGUGCUUAACCACAACGGCGUGAAUACCGUGGCGCUCACGCUAUGGUCGCUCGACGAGGCUGGUGCUAGGCUUGAUAGCUUUGCGCUUGGGGCUGAGAUGCCGUUGUGGUCUGGGUACAGGAAGCCGUGGCUGGCCCCCCAGCCGGCGUGGCAGAAACGCCAAGGAGCGUAUUAG